AUGAUUUUAGGAAGACUGAAACAGGCAAUAUUCGUGGGAGCAGCCACACUGGCCUAUCUUCAGGGGGCCAGCUGUGAUGUGUCCAAAGAAGACAUGCAGACAAUACGUGAUUACUGGAGCGACAGAGUGGGCUUUAUAGAAGAAGAGAUAAACAUACGCAAUACAUUCCUGGAAAAAGUUAAGACGCUUGACGUCAGCAGCUGGACAGACACCGGUGCCAAUCCCGCAGAAGAAGAUGAUGACUUAGAUAUGGAGGUAAAUUACAAAGCAUGGAAAGAUAAUCUAGACGAGCUGCCUGGAAAAAUAAAACAUCUUGCAAAAAAGACCGCUUACAUUGUGAAAGGGACAGAAGCACUGAUGCACAUGUAUGACCGCGUAAACAACACAAAGUUUGCUGAUGAAAAAGAGGAGAAUACUGCCAGGGAAGAGGUCAGGAAGAAGCUAGAUCUCUUAAAAGCAGUGCUUCUUUCUGCCCUGUGGAAAGAAAAUAUGAUAAUUACCGAGGACAUAAACGGUUUGAGCUUUGACAUGAUGCGAGUAAUAAAGAAGUGCAACGAAGUAAAGAAAAAUAAACUAAACGGCACCACACUGUUCAAACUAGCAGAGAAAAACAAGAUGCUGGCGUACACCAUAAUACUUGCAUUCUUCGAGCAGGAGCCAUCCAGGCUAGAUGCCAUAAUAGACUCGCUGAUCAGCAUGUACAGCAGCAGCCGCGUAGCUCACAUUCCCAAAGAAAAUCUGGAAAACUUCAGAAGAUCCAUAAAGAAGGACAUAAAGAAGAACGGAACAGAUCUGCUGGCAUUGGCAGCUAGGUAUUUCCAUCUGAUAUUCGAUAAAAAAGGCUCUAAGUCAUCCGUACUGGAUGAAAACACGCUGGAGAUCUAUCUCUACCUGCAGAAAGAAGGCUUUUCUACAGAAAAUAUGGACUGCUAUAGGAAUAUAACACCAGCACAAGUUGUAAAAGUCUUAGUACUGGAGCAGUGGAUGGGCGGAAACCUUUUAGGCCACAAAAACAACAGCAUAUUCCGCACCCUAGGAAAAGUGGUGGAAGCGGUCUUCAAUCCAAAGAACAACAGCAACAACAUCUACGAAGGCAUAAAAAUAGGAAGAGAAAAACAGGACAAAAUACUCGAUGUGCUGAGCAUGCUAUGGAAGGACUGCAGCUCUGCCGCAGCAACUAGCUACGUAGAUCUUGAAAAGUUCUGCAAAGAAAAUGGCAUUGAGCUUUCCAACAUCGAAAGAGUACAGAACAGCUUGGCUUCUGCUAAGUGGAUGUACAAUCUGACCAUAUACACGAAUGAAAACAGCUAUGCACGCCGCCUCACUUCGCUGCUUGGAGGAAUAGAUCUUGACGUGUCGUAUAUACAUCCCAUCUGGCACGUAUACCAGCGCUGCGAGCACAUUGGCUACCUAGCAGAACCGGGCUUUAAAUCGCGUGCAAAGCUAUUUUUACAAAAGAAUGAUAAUGUGGUUGUGCUCAGGCCAUACCUAAUACGCAGUGAAAUUAAAGAAGCAAUGCAUGCAACACACAUCCAAGGCUGCAUCAAAGCAUGGCUCAGUCCGUCUGCUGAAGUUGAAAUAGUUGUCAGAGAAGAAGAUAACAAAGAAUACAAAGGCAUGGCCAAUGAUUUUGUCAAGUACAUGAGCAACACACAGGGCAAGAGAGUCAGCAUAAAAUACAAGGCAGAAAAGGAAGAGGAAAUUUCUGAGGACAAUGAUGUUGAGGUGUACGAAAGUACUGCAAGCACUUCAUUAUUUGAUGAAUACAUGCCUGAUGACAGCUUCGAAAUAAUCGAAGAUGAGUAUAGCACAUUUCCAUCAGAGGAUGAUUCUUAG